UUUCAAUUCGAAGUCGGGGUUCUAUAAAACCCCCGGCCUCCAGCGACCAUGCAUAAUAUAAUCAGCUUAGUAUAAACCAAGGAAGAGAUGGCAUCUCAAUGUCAAGGGAAGAACUCAUGGCCGGAACUUGUGGGGACGAAUGGAGAUUUCGCAGCAUCAGUGAUAGAGAGGGAGAAUCGGAGGGUGGAUGCGGCCGUGAUUCCGGUCCAGAGCCGGGUGACAGCAGACUUCAGGUGUGACCGUGUUCGGGUUAGGGUUGAUGGAAACCGUGUCGUUGUCCGAGUUCCUUCCAUCGGCUAGACUUCUAUAUAUAUGCCGCAGCGCAGGCAACAUGUGUAAUAAUAACUUGUUGGUGAUUGAUCAUCGUACAGUGUAAUGAUAUAGAAAUAAGUGAAUCGACUAUACGAUUCGCAAGUUGUGUCGUUAGCAAUUUGGACAUCUAUGUCGCUUAUUAUAAGAUGCGUAUUUUGCUAAACAUACGAAUAUAUCAUAUGGAUAA